AUGAAGAUCUCCGCCAUAGCUCUGUUGGCUUCUGUAGCCACCCUUCUCCCUGCUGUUGAAGGAUGGGGGGAGUGGGCAUCUUUCCACGGCCUCGACCGCCAAACUUUUCACAACAAAGUCGAUGCCUACAAUGACCGCGACUGGGUUGUCACCUAUAUGUCCGCUUUCACCAACUCUCACGGCAACAUUUCAUAUAAUUUGAUCAUGGAGAAUCCCGAAAAGAGUCCAUCAUGGCAUACAUACUAUGAACAAACGGCCGAUGAUUAUAGGGGGAUAGUCAAGUACAGAAGAGAUCUGGGGUUCCGGCUUAUCCAGACUGAUGCCCAUACCGGUACCACCAUAAACAGCUUUUUAAUGCUCUGGAACGCCAACAACAGGGAUAUCCCAUGGGCGGAUCAUAUCAAUCAAUCCAGCGAUGAGUUCACCACAGCAUUAAAAGACUACACUAGAAAUGGCUACAGACUCAAAAGUUUGAGCGGGUAUGGCUUCGGUGAUCGGCUGCAGCAAUUUGCUAGCGUGUGGGAGAAGGCGUCCGGAGCUCCCCAGAGAGUGUACAUUGGCUUGACAGCCGCCGAGUACAAGACCAAAUUCGACCAGGCGAGAAAAGACGGAUACUACCCAGUGAAAAUCAGCCCAUACAAUUUCGGCAAGGAGGUCCGGUUUGCUGGAAUUUUUGAGCACAUGGAUAACAAUGCUGUUAAGCCGGAGUGUCAAUGGGGAUUGACUUCAGACGAAUACGUGAAGGUAUUUAACAAUUGGAGGAAGAAGGGAUACAAGCCGACUGUGGUUAACGGGUAUCGUGAUGGAGGAGAAAAGUAUGCUGCUAUCUUCAACAAGGUCACUAAUGCCAAAGUGUAG